AUGUCUUCAAUGGAUAGGAGUGAAGAAAUGAACAGAAAAUGUGGCACAGUGUUGGGGAAUUGCUUGUCGAAAUGCACGAGGCCUGUGCAAAGACACGUCUCGAAAAUCCCGACAAUUCAAGCCGUCGAUAUUAUGCGAGAUCCAAGAUUAAAUAAGGUUUGAAGGAAUAAUUAUGUAAUGAUUUCAUAGAAACACGUAGUUGUUGAGCAUGGAUUGUAUAUCUUCUAAAUCUGCGCAUCCAUUUAUUGCAAUAUAUACCAUUAGCUAGACGUCAGGGGGGGGGGGGUACUAUACAAUUACUUUAUGGUUUCCGUGUUUGGAUGGCCUGAUCCAAACACGCGGGAAUGUUGCGAGAGUUAAGAAAAGCGAGCGAAAUCACGAGCCGAAGGCGAGUGAUUUUGCCCGCUUUUCUUAACUCGAGCAACAUUCCCAAGUGUUUGGAUCAGUCCAUCCAAACACGGAAACCAUAAAGUAAUUGUUUUAUAAAAUAACAACAACACGGUAGUCUUCCGUGUUUGGAUGGCCUGAUCCAAACACGGCUUUCGACCAAUCAGAAUACGCGUUAUAUACAUGUUAUUUUAUAAAGAUACUUACCCUUGCCAUCAAUAUUCAUAUAAGACAAGGGCCGGCCCACUAUCUGCAUAUGGAGGCUAUCUGCAUAAUGACGAGGGUUAAUGAGUCGAUAUAUAUUUAACUAUUUAAGGGAACAGGUUUUCCACUUGAGGAACGCCAAAUACUGGGCAUACAUGGUUUACUGCCUCCAACGCUCGGUAACCAAGAAUUGCAGGCACAGCGUGUCAUGCGUCAACUGUCAAGCAAGGACUCUGACCUGCAUAAAUACCUGGACCUGAUGGCCUUGCUGCAGAGAAAUGAGCGGUUGUUUUAUCGGUUGCUGGUGGACAACCUGGUGAAUUUGAUGCCCAUUGUCUACACACCCACUGUAGGAAAAGCUUGUCAAAAAUAUGGAGAGAUAUUUACAAGCCCAAAGUAAGAAUUGGAGAAUCAUCAGGUCCAACGAGAUGGGAGGAGGGGUUUAAUGGGGGCAACUUGCCCUGGGCCCCUAACCUGGUAGGACACCCUUAGGACAUAAAUUUAGCUGGCGGCAUCUGGGGCUCCCGAGGGUGAUGCCAACCAGAGUUGGACACAUCUCUAAAACUGACACCUCUCCACCAGACACCUGUCUAAAGAGCGAAACCACUCUGUCUAAAACACACCUUCCUAGUUAAGAUGGAGAACGUUUCUUGGGCGAUAGGUCAGUCCAAGGGAGUUAGAUUUCCCAGUCCCCUCUCGAUCUUAUGUUGACACUUGUCUAAAAUGUAAAACUAUCUGCAACUGCAUCUCUCUAAAGUGUCCAGUUCAGACAAGUGUCUGACUUGAAAGCCACCUGUUUAAAAGGUGAUUGCUAGAUAGUAUGCUUCAAAAUAAGGUUUCCGUUUUUAUAACGUAGAAAAAACUAUCCUAACGCAAAACUAAACCCUAACCCUAAUGCUAACCCUCACCCUAACCCUCACCCUAACCCUAACCUAAACCCUAAACUAACCCUAACUUAUUUUAAAAAUUGAUAUAAAAACGGAAACCUUAUUUUGAAGUAUACUAUCUAGCAAUUGCCCUGUUUAAAAUAGACACGUCCACGAAAUAGACAGCUCUCUAUGGCCGACUUAACAAUGCUAAUUUAAAGUUGCUUGAUUUUUUCUAUUUUAUAGGGGUUUGUUUAUUUCAAUCAAAGAUAAAGGACAUGUUGAUCAACUUGUUGGUAACUGGCCUGAACCAAAUAUUAAAGUAAGUAGCACGUAGUGUUUAGAGAUCUUUACGAACCUAUAGUUAGAUUGACGUCCUCCCAGUAUAAACUAAUAGCAGCCGCUCUGAGAAGCUAAUCACUGAUGGAAUUGUAUCCUAUCGAAGGAGAGUCACUUCAAAUAAAACUAUCAAGUCUAAGGAAAUGAAUGAAUGAACCAACACAACUAUGAAUAAAGAACAAAGCACAACCUUGGACCAAGAUCCCUAUAUUGUUAAAUGUCACACGUAGUUAACGUACUAUGCACAUAGCACUACAUGAACCUGGGAUACCCUGAGCCACCCUGCACUUGAUAACCAUCUGCACUACCAUUCCAGGUAGUAGUAAUGACAGAUGGUGAACGGAUUCUUGGUCUGGGCGAUCUUGGAUGUCAAGGAAUGGGAAUCCCUGUUGGCAAGCUUGCUCUAUGUACAGCCUGCGCGGGUAUUGAUCCAGCUGCAUGUCUACCAAUACAGAUUGAUGUUGGAACAAAUAACCAGGCGAGUGGAUCUUAUUUCUUGUAGUCACGUGAUUAACGCCCCGCUCACCCGAGACGCCGGAACUGGGGGGCAGGAGCCCCCGUUGCCCUUUACCAGGAGGGACAAGGGGGGCAAAGGUGCCCUUUCAAUUUAAAGGAUUGCCUUGGCGAAAUAGCGAAUUGUCAGAAAUGUUAGUGCAAUUCUUUUACGAAGUUGGUUAAGAAAACGCAAGAAAUGCAGUCAUCGAGCUUCAAGAAUAGCACAAUCGCCUGGCGGAGAACUCCCUCACAUCCCUAUCAUCCAAUAAAUAGAAAACAUGAUUAGACGAAGUUCAACUCCCGAUGUUUUGCAAACAUCUCUUUGUAUAUAUCAAUUCAAAAAUGCCCUUUCACGAAAAUCUGCCCCCUUGCCUUCACAUCGUUCCGGCGUCCCUGCCCGAGACCAAAUGCAGCACUAUAUACGAUUUUCGAGUUCACAUGAAUCCAGAAAUGUGCUCAAACUUUGCGCGGUUUCGCGUUCACACGGAACAAAUAAAAUUGGACGAAUUCGAACAAAACUAACCGUAUGACUUUCUGUGUGAACACAUGGACACUGAUGAAUUUUUGUGCGAUCGUAGCCACGUUUUGGUAGGAUUAUCUGAAUGAUACGGUGUGAGGAAACAAUAUACUACUAACCUUGAUAUUGAUUCAGUUAGGUGUCUAACAUGUCUUCCAAUACAUGGAACGAAAUGGGGAUUAAAUUGACAGGUUUUUUUAUGUUGUAGGAAUUGCUUGAUGAUCCUUUCUAUGUUGGCAUUCGAGAGAAACGAGUAAGAGGAGAAGAGUAUUACGAACUGAUUGAUGAAACAAUCCAAGCUUUGAGAGAUAGGUAUAUGUUGUUGUGUGUUGUAUAUGGCAAUCAGGGUAGGGUGUGCAUGGUAAGGUAAGGUAUGAUAUGGCACAAUAUGAUAUGGUGAGGUAUAAUAUGGUAUCGUAAGGUUGUAUGUGGUAUGGUCUGAUCAUGAAUUCAUAUAGACAGUUUGGCAUGGUACUUUGUUUUACUUGUGUGGUAAAGUAUGCCGUUGGUUGCUUUUGCAGAUUUGGAAAGAACACGCUAAUCCAGUUCGAAGACUUUGGAAAUCAUAAUGCGUUUUAUUUCUUGGAGAAAUACCGUUCAAAAAUUUGCACAUUUAAUGAUGACAUACAAGGUACCAACUCCAUCUGAACGAGUUAUACUUUGAAUUUGGCUUUCUUUCCUUUCUACUCCAUUAAAUAUGUAGAUGGAGUUACAAUGUUAAAGGUUUUUAACAUGAAAUGUUUCAGGUACAGCAGCUGUAGCCGUGGCAGGCAUCAUUGCAAGUUUAAGGUUAAGUGAGAAGGAACGUCUUGCUGACAACACGUUUGUGUUCCUGGGUGCAGGCGAGGUAUAUAUAAAGUUACGUCUGUCUGCUUCAUCAAAUAUCAGACUUUAGAGUCUGAUUACUCAGAUGAAAUUAAAAGAUCAAUUUGUCUGCGUGAUUACCGAUUCUGAUUUUUGCAUGUGCUUCGAUAUCUAUGUCUGUGUUAAAGCUUGAGUAUGGUUUCUCGUUUAUUAGGCAGCCAUAGGCAUCUCUGACCUAUUAGUCCUUGCGAUGAUGGAAGAAGAUCUGACCGAAAACGAAGCCAGAGAGAGAAUAUCAUUGAUAGAUUCCAAAGGAUUGGUUGUUAAGGUUAGACACUUUUACACUUGAAAACCUAGUGAGUCAGCUCGGGGUGAAGUGGCUUUAUAGUUUUCCCGGUUUGUACAGGUCUUAUUGUGUCGUUUUCAAAGGCUUAGGAAAACCUAACCAAAGUAUUACUCACGUCUUUAGGACAGAAGUGUCGGUGGAUUAACAGCAACCAAACUAAGAUAUGCGCGUGAGACUGGUUACAUUGAUAACCUACUUGAUGUUGUAAAAACUGUCAAACCUUCAGUAUUGAUAGGUAAGAUAUUACACAAUAGACUUCAUCUUAUUCUCGUCUUUGUGCUGUUUGAUUUAUCAAGGAAACUCAUGUUGAGCUUUGCAGGUAGAUAUUAUAGUGGCGUCGUUAUAAUAACCGCCUCUCUGUGAUAGUGAGCUGGAUUCUCACUGCAGACAAAACUACAAAAGUGAAUUCAGGACAAGAUUCAGUCAACGUUCUGCCAAGUCUUUGAUUUUAGUAACACAUUUACUAUUAUCCUUAGGUGUGGCUGCCGUUCCUGGAUCAUUUAAUGAAGACGUAUGUCGAACUAUGGCAAGCAAUAACGAGCGUCCUGUUAUUCUAGCUUUAAGUAAUCCUACAUCGAAAUCUGAGUGUACUGCUGAACAAGCCUAUACAUGGACUGAGGUAGUUAAUGAUUGCACUGUAUAUUGAUAUUGGAUAGCGCUAUAAGUUCUAAACUGUUCUCUCUAGAGGUCCAGUUCAAGUUACUGGAUAACUACAUUAUUGCAUCAUCGAGUGUUCAAAAAGUCAAACUGGAAACACUCUUCUCAUAUGCGACUGAGGUGAAAUUAUAAUUCUACAAUUGCAUAUAUGCAGGAAUUGAAUCGUGGACAUACACGUGAAGGGCACAUGCUAUAAUCACUGUACUUCCACACCCCAUAACGACAAUCUUCCUAAAUGUUAAAGCUACCUCACCUGAAUCUGGUACUUUUCUGUCUACUUCACCUCUUUAGGGAAAAUGCGUGUUUGCCAGUGGCAGUCCUUUCUCUCCAGUCACCUUACAAGAUGGUCGUGAGUUUAUACCUGGUCAAGGCAAUAACUGUUACAUAUUUCCAGGCGUAGCGCUUGGUACUAUAGUAUGUGGCGCACAGAGAGUAUCUGAAGGCAUUUUCUUGGAGGCUGCUAAGGUAUUAACUAACUUUAUUUAUACUGCACGUUCUCAGCUAUAUCCACCAUGUUCUUCCUCCAGUCCGGAGGACAACUAAGUGUUUCCAGGAAAAUAGUUUUUCAGAGAAACUGGAAUAACGAAUGAGGAAAGGAAUAAAAGAAACAAUACAAACACAUUAAAGUUUCUUCCUGUAUUUUUCAGAGCCUGGCUAGCCAAGUGACUGACGAACAACUUUCAAAAGGCUGUAUCUAUCCUCCACUGACAGAUAUCCGCGAAGUGUCCGUCAAAAUCGCGGCCAAGGUUGCUGAGCAUGCGUACAAAACCGGAUUGGCUACCGUAGUUCCUGAACCUAAGGAUAAGAUUAGGAUGAUUUCUGAGGGAUUAUACAGUCCGGAGUAUGUAUCUUUUGUACCAAAAACUUUCGCUUGGUAA